CUCGUCUCGCAUUAGGACCCUGAAUACACUGAGGCAUCGGUAAAUAUGGCAGACAGCGACACAUGUGAAGGUGUACAAAAACAAAAGGGUUUUCAAGAGCUUCUCAGUCCAUCUGAGCUGUUUCAGGCGAGAUCUCGCAGUCAUAAGAUACCGGUGAGGGGUCAGAAAGACUUUCAACCCAAUGAUUCAGAGCAUCAGAGGAGUCGACUCCAGCAAAGUUUACAUGAACACUGGACACUGCUGGAGGAGGAGAGAGUCGAGAGAUUGGGAAAUCUUGUAAAAGCUCUGUGGAUCCCUGAAGAAAGACUAGUUGAACUGCAGUCACCAGCUGGGAAGUUUUGGCACACAAUGGGUUUUUCAGAUCGAGGAAAGCAGUACCUGCAUGCUGAAGAGGCUCUCUAUCUUAUGGAGUGUGGCAAUGUGCAGGUUUUCCACCGGGAUCUUCCUUUAUCCAUUCAGGAGGGAUAUGAACGAUUCCUCUCUUCAGAGACUUUGACUCUUCACCAGUAUCAGGUCUAUGGACAUUUGAAAAGGCUUGGGUAUGUCGUGAACAGAUUUGACCCCAGUUCAGUCCCAUCUGAAUAUGAGAGACAGUUGAAUCUUCCAGCAUCACUAGACAAACAGAAAAAACCACUAAAGAGGAAACGCAGUCAGAGUCCUGUCUCCAGUGAAAAACACAGCACGUCAUCAUUGGAGAAGACAAAUGAAUACCAAAAUGAGGAUCAGGUUAAGAGCGGUGAUUCACUGGCAGACCCAGCACCUCCACAUCAACCUCAGGAGGAGCUCAUGGAGUCGCCUCUGGUUUUAAAAGACACUACUGAAAGGACAUGGUGGACUGAAGGAGAUGUCCAACCACCCCUUGCACAAUCUCAAACCACAGCUCCUCGCUGGGACUUUAGCACAAUCUCUUUCCCAGACCUGGGCUCACGGAGGAGUCGUUCAGUCAGUUUGGCGUCUCCAGACCCGAGCCUGCUGCCUGGAGCUCUGGAGGUGGGUUACUGUGAUGUGACCCCAUGGCUGAGCAAACUCAACGUGAAGGAAGAGAGGCUGUCACGCCGGGACAGGGAGCGCCAGAGAGAUCGAGACCGUUACCACAGGGACAUUAAUGGUGACCCAAAGGUGCGGGACUGCAGGAACUGGGCGGAGUAUUUACAGCUGUUGGAGAAGAGGAAGAAACAACAGGAGGGACAGAGACCCGCUCAUCUGUGGGAACGGGAGGUGACCCCUCUAACUCAACCUGGCCAGUGUAGAUCACACCGUGAGCUGCUGGAGCAGAUUAACAUUAUCAAGUCUUCAAACUGGACUGAAGGGGUUUCCAGAACUGCCCCAUCUGAGCGCUGGAAGAUUAGCUUUGAUGUUUACCAACCGGACACGGUGGCAGAGUUUAAAAAGAGCCAUCCAGGAAAGCCAUACAGCCGCAUGUGUGUGUGCAGUUUUGACGGCCCUGUGCCUGAUCUGCUCGUCAUGAAGCAGUUGUCCUUCCAAAGUGCCGAUGUCCCGGUGACUUUUGCAGUGGUAGACCAUGGAGACAUCUCAUUUUACUGCUUCAAGAACUUCAGACUGCCCACUGAUGUCUACUAAAGGAUAGUUUCUGAAAUGUCAAUUAUUAAAUCCAUUAUUGAGGAGUGAAUGCAGCUGAAUUAUUACAUAAAUGUGCAUCUCAGGGUAUGAAUUUGAUUUUAUUAAAAGAGCGUUAAGAUUUGCGCCAUGACAAAUGUUCACCAUUACAAUAACAUCAGGCAUUGAUACUAACACAAGCAUACCAUGUCUAAUGUUUAGACUGAGAAUUUCAGCAUAGUUUGAUCAACACUACACUGUAAAAAAAUCUUUUUGCACUUGGAAUUUUAAGUUUAAUCAAGUGAUAAGUUGCUGUAACUUAUAAAAUAAAGUUGACAUAACUAAAGCAAGUAUAACUUGAUUUGAUAAGUACACUCAACAAAAUCUCCGGUUGCACAUGAUUGAAUUAAGUUUUCUUAAAAUGAUUUUUCUUAAAUUAUUGGAUCUACGUAAUUUAAUUAUGUACACCAGUUCAACAUGAUUGAAUCAAGUUUCUUAAAAUGAAAUUCAUUUUAAUUUAUGUUAAUUUCGCUUUAAGAAAAUCUAAUUUAAUCAUGUGCAACUGAUGUCCAAAAGUUUUUUUCAGUUUAACAGCACCUCAUGACUAGUCAUUACAGUUUUGAUGUAAGUGCAAAAAUAUAUUUUUUUACAGUGUAUUAGCUUUAUUAUUUUGGUCAGCCGGGUUUAUUAAGACCAUCUGAACAGGGGGAUAAAUGCUGUAUUGCUUCUCAAAGACUCUUAAAGGGAUAGUUCACUGAAAAAUUUGAAUUUACUAUAGUAAAUAAAUGUUUGCUAGUAAAAUGUCAGAUCUGGGGCACCAUUCACUUCCAAAUUAUUAUUUUAUUUUUUUCUUACAAUGGAAGUUAAUGGUGCCCCAGAUCUGCUUAACAACAUUCUUUAAAAUAUCUUCAUUUGUAUUUAGCAGAACAAAGUUUGAAACAACUUUAGCGAAUAUAAGUAAAUGAUGACAGAUUUUUCAGUGAACUAUCCCUUUAAGUGUUGUUUCUGUGCACCAAUGUUAUUUCUGUACUCCAUAUUGGAAGUACUGUAAGUUUACUCGUCUUUAUCUCUAUUCAUUAAAAUGGUUUUUCUUCAUAUUCUGUUUAGUUGCAGAAUUGAAAAGUCUUAAAUAUUACAGUUAAAUGUGGAAUUGUGAAUGUUUUGUACAAAUAAUAAAUGUUGCCAGUCGCUUAAUAUGAAAUGAUUAUUAUUAUUAUUGUGUACACAGCCAUAUUAGUAAAGUCAUUUUUCCUCUA